AUGCCCCCCAAGCCUGGCCGCUUUGAUUCCUUUUUCCGUCCAUGGGGUCUGAUAUGGUUAUCUAUUUGCCUACACUGGGAAGCUUUGAAACAAGCGAUUCGUCGAGACGGCCUCGCAGCACUUGGCCGCCCGCGACAGAUUCGGGAUGCCGCUUCGGCAAAGUUGCUCAAUCUAACCUCUGGCAAUUUCAUCGCCUACGAAGACACAACCAUUGUUCCCUUGCUCGUACGAGCCGCUAGCGGCAUUGUUCUUGAAUUGGGCCCUGGGCCAGGCAAUCAGAUUCAUCGUUUUGAUACCUCUAUUAUCAAACAUAUCUAUGGUGUCGAACCUAACCCCCACUUUGAAGACGCCAUAAAUGCCAAGUUAGAGAAGCAUAAUCUACGAGAGAAGUAUAGUUUUAUGGCUUGUGGCGUUGAGGAUAGCGAUGUUCUGAGAGAAGAAGGAAUCAUGGAGGGGAGUUUGGAUUCCGUUUUGUGCAUCCAGGUGCUGUGUGCAGUAAAGGAUCCAAAGAACGUGAUGAAGGAAGUGUGGAAACUGCUCAAACCUGGGGGCAAGUUCAUAUUCUGGGAGCACGGAUCGAGUAGAAACCGUUUAACGAAUGUAGCGCAAGUUUGUUGGAAUCCUACCUGGAGCAAAUUUGUCGGAUGCAAUUUGACUCGGAAUGUCUUGGGAGAUAUUCUGGACAGUGGAGAGUGGGAAAAUCCACAUGAGAUCGAAGAGCCUGAUGAACCUUUCAGUUUGUUGCCUAGGAUUCAGGGUGUUCUGGUUAAGAAGAAGGCUUAA